UGGCUGCGCUGUGCUCAGCGAGGCAUCAGUCCGCUGCCGCGGGACCGGGGACCUUGCUAGGGCUGGAGGUGGAGCUGGAGCUGGCCGGGAAGAAGCUGCCGCUGGGCCGGGGCGCACUACAGCACUGCACCGGUGUCUCAAAGAGGGGUGUGUUGCUGCUGGCUGACUGCGAGCCGCCUCCUGCCUGCGCCGAGGAGCCUUCCCGCCAGGCCGCCUGCCUCCGUCUUCCGCCUCCCUCCAUUUCCCCGGAAUCUCAACCCGGCGCGCUUGGACCCAGGCUCUCCUCUGGGUGGGGAAGCCCCAGCCUUUUUCUGGCUUUACUCCUUUCUCUCAGGCUGGCCUUCCAGCCUCCUCUCUCCUUUUCCUGCAGUGGGUCUCACCCUUUUCGGUCCCCUCUAGCACAGGUUCCUUACCCCUUCCUUUUAGCCGAGUUCCAGCAUCCCGGAUAUUUUUCGUAGCCAAAGGUCCGGAUUUCUUCCUCGUUUCCUUUGCCGGUGGUCCAUCCUAUCCUAGCCCUUCCUCUGUCUUUAGGACGCAGUUUCCCCGAUUGCCUUCUCUCAGCCUGGAGUUCUAGAUCUUUUGGGUUUCCUCCCUAGUUCCUCCAAGGUACUUGCCCCCCUCCCCCUUUUUUUUUCCAGUUUAGACUUUCAGAUUGUGAAUCUCUAGAGAACGAAAAUACCUCUCUAAAACAUGAACUUUUCCUAGAGACUGCUCCAGUUCACCUCAGCUGCAGACUCCUUGCUCCCUAUGUCCCAGGUCUCACACUCACUUCCCUAAGGGCUGAGGCCUCUCAGGCUGAGGGAGCAGCAUGAUGCUUCGGGGGUCUAGCAUUGGGGGACUUUCUCCACCUCGGAUCUUCCCCUCCUUGUUGGUGGUGGUUGCCUUGGUGGGACUGUUACCUGUUCUCAGGAGCCAUGGCCUCCAGCCCAGCCCCACUGCCAGCACCAUCAGAGGGUCCGAGCCACCACGGGAACGCUCAAUUGGGGAUGUUACCACUGCUCCGUCGGAGCCUCUUCACCACCCAGACGACCGCAAUUUGACCCAUUUACACAUUGAACAUGGCGUUAAGUCACAUCGAAAGGCCUUUCCGGUCCUGGACAUUGACUACUUACACGUGCGCACACCCUUCGAGAUCUCCCUCUGGAUCCUCCUGGCCUGCCUCAUGAAGAUAGGUUUCCAUGUGAUCCCCACCAUCUCGAGUAUCGUCCCGGAGAGCUGCCUGCUGAUCGUAGUGGGGCUGCUGGUGGGGGGCCUGAUCAAGGGCGUUGGCGAGACGCCCCCCUUCCUGCAGUCAAACGUCUUCUUCCUCUUCCUGCUGCCACCCAUCAUCCUGGAUGCGGGCUACUUCCUGCCACUGCGGCAGUUCACGGAGAACCUGGGCACCAUCCUGAUCUUUGCUGUGGUGGGCACACUGUGGAAUGCUUUCUUCCUGGGUGGCCUCCUGUACGCCGUGUGCCUGGUGGGCGGUGAGCAGAUCAACAACAUCGGCCUGCUGGACACCCUGCUCUUCGGCAGCAUCAUCUCGGCCGUGGACCCGGUAGCUGUGCUGGCUGUCUUCGAGGAGAUCCAUAUCAACGAACUGCUGCACAUCCUUGUCUUUGGAGAGUCCCUGCUCAAUGACGCCGUCACUGUGGUCCUCUAUCACCUCUUUGAGGAGUUUGCCAGCUAUGAGUAUGUGGGCAUCUCGGACAUCUUCCUUGGCUUCCUGAGCUUCUUCGUAGUGUCCCUCGGCGGGGUGUUUGUGGGCGUGGUCUACGGGGUCAUCGCAGCCUUCACCUCACGGUUCACCUCCCACAUCCGGGUCAUCGAGCCGCUCUUCGUAUUCCUCUACAGCUACAUGGCUUACCUGUCAGCCGAGCUCUUCCACCUGUCGGGAAUCAUGGCCCUCAUUGCCUCAGGAGUGGUGAUGCGUCCCUACGUGGAAGCCAACAUCUCCCACAAGUCCCACACCACCAUCAAAUACUUCCUGAAGAUGUGGAGCAGCGUCAGCGAGACCCUCAUCUUCAUCUUCCUCGGGGUCUCCACUGUGGCUGGCUCCCACCAGUGGAACUGGACCUUCGUCAUCAGCACCCUGCUCUUCUGCCUCAUUGCCCGGGUCCUGGGUGUGCUGGGCCUGACCUGGUUCAUCAACAAGUUCCGCAUUGUCAAGCUGACCCCCAAGGACCAGUUCAUCAUCGCUUAUGGGGGCCUGCGAGGGGCCAUCGCCUUCUCCCUGGGCUACCUCCUGGACAAGAAGCACUUCCCCAUGUGUGACCUGUUCCUCACUGCCAUCAUCACGGUCAUCUUUUUCACAGUCUUUGUGCAGGGUAUGACCAUUCGGCCCUUGGUAGACCUGUUGGCUGUGAAGAAAAAGCAAGAAACUAAGCGUUCCAUCAACGAGGAGAUCCACACCCAGUUCCUGGACCACCUUCUGACAGGCAUCGAGGACAUCUGUGGUCACUAUGGCCACCAUCACUGGAAGGACAAGCUCAACCGGUUUAAUAAGAAGUAUGUGAAGAAGUGUCUGAUAGCUGGCGAGCGCUCCAAAGAGCCCCAGCUCAUUGCCUUCUACCACAAGAUGGAGAUGAAGCAGGCCAUCGAGCUGGUGGAAAGUGGAGGCAUGGGCAAGAUCCCGUCUGCUGUUUCCACUGUCUCAAUGCAGAACAUCCACCCCAAGUCCAUGGCUUCAGAGCGCAUAUUGCCAGCACUGUCCAAGGACAAGGAGGAGGAGAUUCGCAAAAUCUUGAGGAGCAACCUGCAGAAGACCCGGCAGCGGCUGCGGUCCUACAACAGACACACGCUGGUGGCCGACCCCUACGAGGAAGCCUGGAACCAGAUGCUGCUCCGGAGGCAGAAGGCCCGGCAGCUGGAGCAGAAGAUCAGCAACUACCUGACAGUGCCGGCCCACAAGCUAGACUCACCCACCAUGUCGCGGGCCCGUAUAGGCUCAGAUCCGUUGGCCUAUGAGCCCAAGGCAGAUCUGCCUGUUAUCACUAUCGACCCAGCGUCCCCACAGUCACCCGAGUCUGUGGACCUGGUGAACGAGGAGCUGAAGGGCAAGGUCCUAGGGCUAAACCGGGAUCCAACAAGGAUGACUCGGGAGGAGGAAGAUGAAGAUGAGGAUGGCGUCAUCAUGAUGCGGAGCAAGGAGCCCUCAUCCCCAGGCACUGAUGAUGUCUUCACUCCUGGACCAAGUGACAGCCCCAGCUCCCAGAGGAUACAGCGCUGCCUCAGUGACCCAGGCCCUCACCCCGAGCCCGGGGAGGGAGAGCCUUUCAUCCCCAAAGGGCAGUAGGCCCAGGCCAGUGGGUGUCCCAUAGACUCUCCCACAGAGUGGGGACUGGGUGCUCCCCUUGCCCUUUGACCUGGAUUGGCCCUGCCCCCUUCCUACGCAUGGCAGCUGGGUCCACAGCCCCCACUGCAGCACGGCUUGCCCUGCCUCCUGGGAAGUGUCCUCUCCCACCAGAACUGCCUUUCCAAUCCAUUUGGCAGAGAGUUGGACUGGUGAGGCAGGCUCUGCCCUAUCUCUAGAGCCAAGCUCUCCCGUCCUGGAACCAGGGCUUCACGAGGCCCUCCCGUCCCACAGCCCCCUCCUCAUCCAGACCAAUUUUCCAUCUUUGAUCAUCAUUUCUAACCAAAGAGCCUCUGGCUCCACUGUGGCCCCACCAGGAAAGGAGGGAGCCGAACCUUCCUUGGCCUUGACGGGGCCUCCUGAAUCAGAGGACAACAGGCAUGUGGUUGGGAGACAGACGGGGGACCCAUGGCCGACCCACGCUAUUCCUGCCAGCCAUGGCACCCUGGCCCGUGGCUCGGGGCACCUCUGAGCUCCUGCUAGGUACUGUGAUUGGGGGAUGAGGACCACGGGCCUCCUGGGGCUGGAGCUGGAGGGCUGCCCACGCUCCAGGUAGUGCUGCCUUCUUACAAUGUUUGCACCUCCACGUAAGUACGAUUCCGUUUGCACAGAGGCACUCCUGUUUCCAGACCCUGGAGACUCCACACCAGUCAGCUCCACCCUCUUCCCCUCCUUCCUUCCUGCUGUCUACCGCCUUCCCCUAAAUCGAACUUCUGCCCACUGGGCUCUUGCCCACGGCACUGAUUGAGAUGUGGCCCAACUUGUCGGGAUUCAAGCUCACGAGCAAGGGGCCUCCUGGCACCUACCUUGCUCACGGGCCUGCUUUACUCUGUUGGCCUUGGCCUGUUCCACCACCCCCCCCCCCAUCCGACCCCUCUCUUACCUGCAUACAUAGCUUGCAGUGAAGCCCAGCCCUGGGAAUAAGGCUUCCGCUGAGGGUGCCCUGUGCUGGCCAGGGCUGCUGGAGUAGACAGAGCACUGGACCCCAGAGGCCUUUGCUCACAAGCACAUACUCCCUUCUGCCACCAUGGCUGGGCACAAGCCCACAGGUGCCUGUCCAGCCUCCAAGCACUCCCUCCCCAAGGAUAGUGCAGUAGUCAGAGGGGUCCCUCCCAGGGGUGGGGCCAUGGGUGCUUGGCCCAGCUGUCUCCUCUCCAUGCAAGUGCUGUUUCGGGCAGGAGUUGCCAUGUACGGUGACAUCGACGACCAUGUACAAAGCCACUGCAGCUGCCGCCGCUCUGCCACCUGUACAAAAGAAACCUUUUUCAUAUUCUAAUAAAUCAAUGUGAGUUUUUUAUAAGA